CCCCGGGCAGAGGCGAUGGCGCCGUGGGCGCUGCUCAGGCCUGGGGUCCUGGUGCGGACCGGGCACACCGUCCUGACCUGGGGGAUCACGCUGGUGCUCUUCCUGCAUGAUACCGAUACCCUGUCUGUCCCAGGACCCACCCGGUGCCCCAGAUCCGACGACCGACUCGAGCCCCCUUCUCCCCUGAUCCUGGGACCCGCCCGACCCUUCCCAGGAAUUGACUCCCAAGAUUCCGAGGAUCAACUAGAUGAAGGACUGGCAUCCCGCCCAGCCCUGUGGCCACUAGCUGCCCAAGUCCAGGCUCCCCAGCCUCAGCCUCACUCUCCCCCUCUGGCCUCUCCAGCGCUGCGGCAGUGGGAAGAGCAGGGGGAGCUGCUCGUGCCCCUCACCUUCCUGCUCUUGGUACUGGGCUCCCUGCUGCUUUACCUGGCUGUGUCACUCAUGGACCCGGGAUACGUGAAUGUCCUGCCCCAGCCCCAGGAGGAGGCCAAGGAAGAGCAGACAGCCAUGGUUCCUCAGGCCAUCCCCCUUCGGCGCUGCAGACACUGCAUGGUGCUGCAACCCCUGCGGGCCCGUCACUGCCGUGAGUGCCGUCGUUGUGUCCGCCGAUAUGACCACCACUGCCCCUGGAUGGAGAACUGCGUGGGGGAGCGCAAUCACCCACUGUUCGUGGCCUACCUGGCGCUGCAGCUGGUGGUGCUUCUGUGGGGCCUGUACCUGGCAUGGUCUGGCCUCCGCUUCUUCCGGCCUUGGGGGCUCUGGCUGCGGUCCAGUGGGCUCCUGUUUGCCACCUUCCUGCUGCUGUCGCUCUUCUCCCUAGUGGCCAGCCUGCUCUUGGCCUCGCACCUCUACCUGGUGGCCAGCAACACCACCACCUGGGAGUUCAUCUCCUCACACCGUAUCGCCUACCUCCGCCAGCGCCCCGGCAACCCCUUCGACCGCGGCCUGACCCGAAACCUGGCCCACUUCUUCUGUGGAUGGCCCUCGGGGUCCUGGGAGACCCUCUGGGCUGAGGACGAGGAAGGCAGCAGCCAGGAUGUUUAGGGUUGCUAGAGGCCGGGCCACCGUCUUGUGCCUGAAAACCAGAGGGGCUGCACCCGGGGGCGUCAGCGCUCCGAGGGCCUGGACCUCCUCACUGCUGCCCACUCCUUCCAGGCCUCAGGGUGGAGCUGAAGGACAGAACCCUGCCUCAAAGGCAGAAGAGGAGGAAGAGGACCCAUGGGGGGCUCAGGCACCAAGGACCUGGGUUGUGGAGACUUCCACCCUCCCCACCCCAAGCCAGGCUGCCUCCAGUGCACAGUUUUAUAAAUUUAAUAAUCCAUAAAGCAAGUCAAGUAUUC